UUUCCGGUUUUGCGACGUAAGCAGAAGGACCUGGCAACCCGGUUGGAGCGGUGGUCGCUGUGAGCUGUGAGCUCAGUCAGCUCUCUCUGACAGGCAGCGUGGAAAGAUGGUGCUCGACUUGGACCAGUUUCGCACCGACAAAGGUGGCGAUCCAGAAGUCAUCCGUGAGAUCCAAAGGAAGAGGUUUAAAGAUGUUACACUCGUUGAUAAACUGGUGGCUGCAGAUACGGAGUGGAGAAAAUGCCGCUUUACUGCAGACAACCUGAACAAAGCAAAGAACCUCUGCAGUAAGAGCAUUGGGGAGAAAAUGAAGAAGAAGGAACCAGUUGGGGAUGAUGACUCUCUACCGGAAGAAGCCCAAAACGUGGAGUCCCUAACAGCUGAGACACUAUCACCCCUGACAGUAACCCAGAUCAAGAAGGUACGUCUAUUAGUGGAGGAGGCGGUGGAGAAAUCUGACAUCCAGAGGACAAAGCUGGAGGCAGAGCGCUUCGAGUACCUGAGGGAGAUCGGCAAUCUUCUGCACCCGUCUGUGCCCAUCAGCAACGAUGAGGACGCAGACAACAAGGUGGAGCGUACCUGGGGUGACUGCAGCGGGCAGAAGAAGUACUCCCACGUUGACCUGGUGGUCAUGAUCGACGGCUUUGAUGGAGAGAGGGGAGCUGUGGUGGCCGGAAGCAGAGGUUACUUCCUGAAGGGGCCACUGGUGUUCUUGGAACAGGCUCUCAUCACGUAUGGCUUAAGGAUCCUCCACAGCAAGAACUACACCCCCCUCUACACGCCCUUCUUCAUGAGGAAAGAGGUCAUGCAGGAAGUGGCCCAGCUCAGUCAGUUUGACGAUGAGCUCUACAAGGUCAUCGGUAAGGGCAGCGAGAAGUCAGAUGACAACUCGGUGGAUGAAAAGUACCUGAUCGCCACCUCGGAGCAGCCCAUUGCCGCCUUCCUCAGGGACGAGUGGCUCAAACCCGAGGACCUGCCCAUCCGCUACGCUGGCUUCUCCACUUGCUUCAGACAGGAAGUGGGCUCACACGGCCGAGACACCCGCGGGAUCUUCAGAGUUCACCAGUUCGAGAAGAUUGAGCAGUUUGUGUAUGCCUCCCCCCAUGACAACAAAUCAUGGGAGAUGUUUGAUGAGAUGAUUGGGACAGCGGAGGAGUUCUACCAGUCGCUAGGAAUUCCCUAUCGCAUCGUCAACAUCGUUUCAGGUGCCCUGAACCAUGCCGCCAGUAAGAAGCUGGACCUGGAAGCCUGGUUCCCAGGCUCCGGGGCCUACAGAGAGCUGGUCUCCUGCUCCAACUGCCUUGACUACCAGGCCCGGCGCCUCCGCAUCCGCUACGGACAGACCAAGAAGAUGAUGGACAAAGCUGAGUAUGUGCACAUGCUGAACGCCACCAUGUGCGCCACCACCCGUGUGAUGUGCGCCAUCCUGGAGAACUACCAAACGGAAGAAGGCAUCGUAAUUCCAGAGAAGCUCCAGCCCUUCAUGCCUCCUGGUAUGACGGAGAUCAUUAAGUUUGUGAAGCCGGCUCCCAUCGAUCAGGAGACCACUAAGAAAGCCAAGAAGCAGCAGGAUGGAGGAGGAGGCAAGAAGAAGAAGCAGGGAGGAGGAGGGGGAGACCAAAACCUGCCCAGCGCCAUGGAGACCAUGUCUGUCAACGAGUCAUAGACAGCUUCACAAACACACACACAGAAACAGAUGGAACAGAGCAUCGUGUGUCACCAUUGGGGUCCUGUUGUCCUUAUAACGAAGUAGCUCUGUCCCAUCUGUGUCUAUCGUGAUCAUCUCACAUCCACCCCCCCAUUUACAUGUGUCUCACAUCUGCAGCAACUCUGAACCUCAAACAAAGUUAUUGUAAUCAAAAUCAGCCGCUACUUUUUCACGUCAGUAGGUUUCUUCUUUAGUAACUGAUCAGCAAAUCUGCAUCUGUUCUUCUGAAAUGGGUUUAUCCUCUUUUAAUGAUUCAGAAAUCAACCUCAAUCCGUGAUCAGCUAUUUGAAUGGUCUGCUUUAGGCUCCCCUUCACGUCGUCAUCGAUAUCAAACCACCGUUGUGUCGCUGUUACCAGAAUGCUUUUCACUGGAUUAUGAUUGAAACAUCUACAUCGUAUGAACUCGCUAUACAAAGGGAUAUAUAUAUGAUUGAGCGCUUACUGUACACAGACAAUAAAUACAGUUGCUAUGGAAGUUA